GUGGUGUGUGGAGACAGAUCAGGGACAUCUGACUGAAGUGUCUGCAAACUGAAGGUUUCUGUGUAGAAACAAACUAUGUUUCACUUCCACUAGCUGCAGGAUAAUCUGCUCUGUUUGUGGUGAGAUUGUGCCUGUGAUGAUCCCUCCAACAUGACAGAGUGCUGCUCUUCAUCACGGAGGAUGCAUCCUGCAUGAAAAGAAAGUUUAAUCCAGCAUAGACCCGUCGUCCCCCGGUUGUCGCUGAAGGUCAACUCAAUCUGCUCAGCCAGGAAUUAAAGGAGGAGAAUAACAGAAGAGAACGAGUGAGACCACACUUUAGUCCCGGAAGAAGAAUCUCAUACUGGACGAUCAGCCCUGGAGAGAGGACGUGAAGCAUGCAGGGAUACACGGUUGGUGCCAGGUUGCGCUACCAGCUGACUCUGGCCACAGGGAUGCUGGAGUGUCUGUGCUUUGCCGGUGUGGUGUUUGGUUAUGCCUCCCUGGUGUUUGUGCUGAAGGAGGAUGGGUACUUCAGUCAUCUGUGUGACACUGUCCCUGGCACCAACGGCACACUGAGCAGUACAGACUGUAGCAGACAAGAUGAGAGGUUCUCUCUGGUCUUCACCGUCGCCUCGUUCCUCAACAACUUUAAUAUCAUCAAUGGCUACCUGUUUGAUCGAUUCGGCACCAUGGUGACCAGGCUGCUGGGAAUAUGUUUAUACACCACUGGAACCCUUCUUGUUGCCUUCUCGAGUGCAGCCUUUUCAGAGCUGCUCUUUCCAGCCUUGCCCUGCAUUGCUGUGGGAGGAAUUCUGCUCCUUCUAACUAACAUGCAGGUGGGAAACUUGUUCCCAGUUCACCGCUCAACCAUCAUCACGCUCUACAACGGUGCCUUCGACUCCUCCUCGGCUGUGUUUCUCGUCAUCAAGAUUCUGUAUGAACAGGGAGUCGGUCUUCGCUCCUCCUUCCUUGUUAUGUCCAUCUGCAGCAUCAUCCACCUGCUGAGGACCUUCCUGCUGAUGCCCAGAACCCACAUACCGUACCCUCCACCACAGUACUACACCUAUGGACUGAACUGUGGAAAGGCCAACUCUUACAAUGUGGAGCAGUUUGAGAAGACGAGGGACGAUGCGAAGAAGGACAACACAACACCCGCAGCUGAGGAUGGGACAGAAGCCCAAGACUCUGCAAAAGCGACAAGCUUCCGGAGCUGUGUGUUGUCUUGGUUCUUCCUGUGGCACCUGCUGUGGCUGUCCAUCAUGCAACUGAGACACUACCUCUUCAUCGGCACACUCAACCCCAUGCUCAACCGCCUGGCCAACAACGACCCCGACCUGGUGAGUCAGUACACCAACGCUUUCGCCAUGACCCAGGUGUGUGGAGUGCUGUGUGCUCCCUGGAACGGACUCAUCAUGGACAGACAUAAGGGAAAGCCUCUAGCUCCUGGAGAGAGCGAGCAGGAGGUGGACCUGCGCUCCUCCUCUCUGUCUCUGUUCCUGACCUCCCUGCAGUGCCUGCUCUUCUCCGUGUGCGCCACCAUUCCCCACCUCCACCUGCAGUAUCUCACCUUUGCUCUACAGGUCCUAAGUCGCUCCUUCCUCUACGGGGGAAACGCAGCCUUCAUUAGCAUCGCUUUUCCAGCCUGUCACUUUGGGAAGCUGUACGGCCUGCUGAUGUCCAUGUCAUCUGUCGUCUCUCUGCUGCAGUACCCCUGCUUCGCCCUCGUCACAGGAACUCUGGAUGGAGACUCCUUUUAUGUUGACAUUGCUCUUACUUUCCUCACGCUGCUGGUGUUCAUCCAUCCUAUCUACGUCUUCCUCCACUGCAGGAAGCUCACUCACCACAGGGCGUUGAAGGCGCAGACUGAAGCCGCUAAUGGCUCCAAAGUGGUUGAAACCAUGUUGUAAAGGAGUAAUAAUGCAGAUGUUUUAACCUCUGUAUAGAUACUUGACUUUUCAACUUGUAAAACACUUUUCUGUCAUCUUUUUUAUUUUCUUAACUAGAAAAUAGAUCACGAUAGAUUUUUGAACUUUUCCUAUUGGGUUGAUAUUUUUUACUUUUCUAUAGUACAUGUGAUACUAAAUACUAUAGUACGUUUUUUGUUACAAUCCAAAAAGCAUUAAAAUGUUUGACCAACAUUUUAUUUGAGCGCUUAAAUGAGAUUUACUAUGCAGUAUACUGUUUGUUUAUAUAUGUAACAACAGUAUACAAUAUACAAAUAAUGGACAGUGUACCAUGUUUAUACACAGAACAUAGGUCGACCAGGUAUCUCUCUUUUUGAGAAGCAUUUUUAUCCCUUCUCCCAUGUCCCACAAACUAAGAUGGUGUCCCGCAUUUCGACUGGCUCUGGUUUCAACGAUUUACGAUACUUCUCACAGACUUGUCUUAAAUCAGGCUUUAACUCAUUGGCUGAGAAGAAAGCAGGGAAAGUUGUCAUCAAGGGUAUUGCCGUCAGUCAAUCCCACGUAUAUGUUAUGCGGCCACUUGACCUGCGAAAGUCAUGUCACUGUCUUGCUUUGCAGGCACAAAGUCAGAAUUUAUGCAGAUUUUGAGGAUGGGAAGCUAUGAACAACUGGGUGAAGCCGGUGGAGGGUGAUUCUAAAAGACUUUGUGGGCUUUAGUUCUUUUUCAGUUUCCCAUGGGCGAGAAUACGAUGUGAAGCAAGAUUUCAGACUGCCACUCAUCAUUGGUAAUCAUAUUCCUCACCCUACAUUUGGUUUGCUGGGAUC